AUGAAUUAAUAAUUAAAAAAAUUAGCAGUCCUUUUAGUGAGUAAGAAGAAAGACCACACUUGUCUACCGUAUAUGCAAUAAAUUCGAAAUUAAUUCCCUUAGCAUACUUAUUUAAUAGAUGAUGAUUAUAAAAAUGAACCUGUGGAUUUAGUCAUAACCAUCGGCGGUGAUGGAACAAUUUUGCAUGCAUCUAGGAUGUUCCAAUAAAUAUAGACUCCGCCUUUUGUGACAUUUGGCAAAGGAACACUAGGAUUCAUGUGCAUGUACAGCUUAAGAGAUCAGUAUGAAGUUCUAAAGAGCUUACAAUCUCCAUAUAAUAUAGAGUUGAAGAAGAGAAUUCAAGGUAGCCUAAAUGGUCAAUACGUCUACACUGCUUUAAAUGACUUUUUCAUAACCAAAGGAAAUAGCAUUCAUGUGGUGUGUUUAGACAUCUAUGUCAAUGAUAUGUUCGUGACUCAAGCCAGAGGAGAUGGCUUAAUUAUAAGCACUCCGACUGGUUCAACAGCUUAUUGUUUGAGUGCUGGGGGUCCUUUGAUCUAAAAUAGAGUCCCUUGUAUAGCAUUAGUGCCAAUCUGUCCAUUGUCCUUAUCAUUUCGACCUUUAAUUUUGCCUUUGGAUGUGAAAAUUAGCAUAAAAAUGAAUGCCAAUUCAAGGGGAGAAGGAGUUGUAAUUUGUGAUGGACAGGUGCAAUACGAUUUUAAGAGAAAUGAUUGUUUUGAUAUUACUCCUUCCUAGAAUGAUGUGCGGUUUGUUGUAUCUCCUGGACACCAAGAUUUAGACUGGGUUAUAAAAUUGUAGAGAAUGUUAAACUGGAAUUCAAGAUUUUAACAACCAAGAGAUUGA